GCGGCCCGGGCCCUACCCGCGGCCACGCCAGAGGGCGGAGCGCGCGUGCGUGCCCCUCCCGCCGGCACCACCUGCCCGCCGGGGCCGUGCUCACGUGACCACGGCCCAUCUGUCCAAGAUGGCGGCGCCCAGGGCGGUCAGCACGCUGGCGAGCGCAGCUCCCCCUGCCCGCGAGACGCUAACACCUACUGCAGCAUCCCCAGCAUGGGAAGGUGUAAGGCACAGUGAUAUCACUGAUCCCUGGGAGAGAGAGGGUUGUGUGACUCACUUCCAUGGAGUUUUCUCUGUGCCAGUCCAUCAUAUCUGCUUAUACACGCAGUCAAGCAGUCAACAAAGAAGAUUUUUUUUUUCACAGAGACAAAGAAAUACUGCUUAUAGUAUAGUUCGGCCAGCUAUAGUUUCUCUAGCUCACCCAGUUCCUAAGCACAUAAAGAAGCCAGACUAUGUGACGACAGGCAUUGUACCAGACUGGGGAGACUACAUAGAAAUUAAGAAUGAAGAUCAGAUUCAAGGGCUUCGUCAGGCUUGUCAACUGGCCUGUCAUAUUCUACUUCUUUCGGGAAAGAGGUUANAGGUUGGCAUGACAACUGAAGAAAUAGAUUCCAUUGUUCAUCAUGAAAUAAUCAGACAAAAUGCCUAUCCUUCACCUCUGGGCUAUGGAGGCUUUCCCAAAUCUGUUUGUACCUCUGUGAACAAUGUUUUAUGUUUCAGUCGACCUCUUCAGGAUGGAGAUAUUAUCAACAUUGAUGUCACAGUAUAUUGCAAUGGCUACCAUGGUGAUACUUCUGAAACAUUUUUGGUGGGCAAUGUGGAUAAAUCUGGUCAAAAGUUAGUGGAGGUUGCCAGGAAAUGUAGAGAUGAAGCAAUUGCAGCUUGCAAACCUGGGGCUCCCUUCUCUGUAAUUGGAAACACAAUCAGCCGCCUAGCACAUCAGCAUGAUUUCCGAGUCUGCCCCUACUUUGUUGGGCAUGGAAUAGGAUCUUACUUCCAUGGACACCCUGAAGUUUGGCAUCAUGAAAAUGAUAGUGAUUUGUUAAUGGAAGAGGGAAUGGCGUUUACAAUAGAGCCAAUCAUAAUGGAAGGAUCCCCUGAACUUAAGAUCCUAGAGGAUAAAUGGACCGCAGUUUCUGUAGACAAUAAAAGAUCAGCUCAGUUUGAACAUACCAUUGUAAUUACCUCAGGAGGAGCAGAAGUCCUUACUCAAAUAUUGGAAGAACCUUAAGGAUGAAUUAAGAAGUGGAUGAACUUUACUGCGCUCCUGGAGUUUCUAUCAGCUUUGCCAAGAAAGAUGAGGUUUCUGGGACUUUUACGGGAAAUAGGUGCUGUGGCUGCUGUGAGAGGGAAUGGAAUGGGCAGCUUUAGGGCACAAUGUGAGUGACCCAAACUGCAGAUUGUUGCCUGAUACGUAUGUAACACAAUUCCGUUGAUUUAUUGUAAAUCUUGAAGCUAACGUGUGCAUUCUAAAAGCAAGAAGAGUUUGGGGUUCUUAAUUAGGAAGGGUGGGAAAAGGGGGGACAGAUGCGCAAAGUUUUUACUCCUGUUUCCAAGAUGCUUGAUCUGAACAAACUUAUAUCGGAACAAACUUACUAAAUGCAAUUGAGAAGACGGAGGGAAAUGGGAGUUCCCUGUUAUAUCCGAGCUGCGAAGUGCUAUGGAACAAUCUUCCUUCGUUGUGAUGAGCACACUGCCAUUUCCCAAGCUUGUGAUCUACUCUAGUAGGAAAAAUAAAUAAAUAAUUUCAAAAGACUUUAAUUUCCUAAUUGUGACAUUUGUGCGAUCAAACGCAGAGCUCCUGUUUCUCCUGCGGUCCUUCCCCGCUGCUCUUUGCCCUCUUGGCUCCAUUAUUUUUUGUAACAUAAGAAAAAAGUGAUGAAAGCGAGAUUCGGAGUGAGCUGAGAAACGUCGUGCCCUUGUUUCAUCAACAAGCGCCCUGGUGCUAGAGUUAGCCCGCUUGCCUGUGUUAUAUUGAGCCUGAGUUUUUCUACAGGGCUCCGCUGCAGUUAUAAGGAACUCAUUCUACCUUUUUUGAACCUUUAGCAGACAUUAAGCCGUGGGCUUUAGGAAUAGACUCCUGGUUAUUAAAUGACCCAGCUUCUCCUCAGGUGGUUGCUUCUUUGGGGGAGUUUGCACUUUUAAUCAGAACUGCGACAGUGGUGAUCCCAUGAAUAAUGAUCAUUCAUAACUAAUAAUUAAUCCAGUUGCACAACUCCUAGAUGAAUUGCUAACAUCCCCGUCCAGAGCUGUCCUGAAGAUUAAGGUUUUGAUUUGCCAUUAGGUGGCUGCUAAUCACCCUCCUUCAAUGUGUAAGUGUUUCGAAUUUGGGAUGGAAAGACACUGGGCGCUGGUGCUGUCCUUGCAGAUUCCUAGCCACUGCUCUGUUCGAGAAAGGCGAGUGAUCUUCAAAACUGCCACAAGAGCAACGGCAAAGCCAGACUGGUUUUCUUACAGAUAACUUACUCUUUCUUCUUCAGCAGCACUUGCCUUCCCUUUGCGACCUGCGAUCUUGCCCUGCCUGCUGAAUUUUUUGUUCGCUUUUUAGGAGCCCAGAGUGUACUGACUGAUUGGGAAUCUGGGGGAGAGCAAGUUAACCGAAUUCUACUAGAUUUACUCUGCUGCUGGGUUGUUUUUUCCCCUGGAACAUAGAAAGCUGUCAGCGCUGAUCGUUUCUUAUAGCUUUUUUGGCAAAGCACAAUUCUUACUCCUGGAACCUUCUAAAAGGAUUUUUUAGGCACGCAAAGUGACAUUUUAAGCACUGCACAGUCGCUCUUUAGAUUGAUUUGGAAAGUAGCUGACCCUUAAAACCUGCCAAAUAAAUGACACAAACAACUUUACUAAUGCACAGAAGUUACGUAGUCACUGAUCCCAGAAAGACCUAGAACCUUUCUAUAGUGUACUUGGGAAAUAUAUUUUGUUUCCUGGAGACCAGUGUUGGGCUACCUGUUCUUGUAUUUAGAAAAACGCUUUGCUCUUUCGUCAUGUUGAAAGAUUUAAUCCCUACAAAAAGUAACAACGGUUUAGUAAUGAAAUAAAAAGCAUACACCGCCGCCCAAAUUCCCACCGAGUUGUGGGUCUGUCAUCAGGGAUGUUGAAUUGGUUUUACUGUGUACGUCGGAAGAUGCGACAAUAAAAUAUCCUGCCACCUUAAUCCCCUUUCAGUUACUACUCCAUCCGAUCCUUUUGUUCAUCUGCUUUCUUACUUUUGACCAACAGUUGGGUUGUAAAUAUGAAAUCAGUCACUUGUAUUGGUCUGGACUAUUAGCCGAGAAUGGUAAUAUUUCAGCAGCACAUACGAGCUGUUCGAAAGCGCCAGGCAAUGGAUUUUCGUUGGACAACAACACAAUUAGCGAUUUACAGAAAUGCCUAGUGAUAAAAGUGAGCAGCAGCGUUCUGCGUGGCACCCCUGCGGUGAGCUGCGCGCACAAUGCAAUCUAGGGAGACAGACCAUUCCCAUGUUAUAAAAUGCUGGAGCGGAGAGUGUGAUUUCUCCCCUCAAAGUGUAAUCGGAUUGCUAGCAAUUAGUCCAGCGUCCUGUUUUAGUCUCUGUUUACUGUGAGGUUUCCCCCAAGUAUAAAGUUAUUAGGACUACAGGAUUUUACCAACUGCUGUGGUAACAAGCUGUUUGGGUAGCAAUUAUACCGAGGUGGUGGUAUUUAGGGUACACAUUUAUAAUCCUAAUUAUAAAGGUGACUAUGAAAGUAAAAAACGCUUCGGCUGCAUGGGAAACUAACUCGCUUUUAAAAUACUUCACGCAGGCUAUGUUUCCAGGCAGACAUUACGCAGGAGGCUUAAAAGAAUUUAAUUAUUUUCCCCCAUUGAUUUGCUAGCACCAAACUUUUUUUCAGCUUGUAGAUGGGCAUCUGGAUACCAUCACACCCAGGCAUAACUUCAACUAGGGCUGCGCCGCUGCUCCCCCGUGACUUUCCCAACACGUAAAAUAUUUGAGUCUUUGCCUGGAAGAGAAUAUAUCUUCUCGUUGCUCAGAACCACGCAAAUAAAUAAGCCAUCCAAGAACAGGUGUUGUGUACAAUUACAGCGGGCUUUUGUGUCCCGUGCCUCUGAAUUAAGGGUACGAAACCGAGUUCGGCAUUGGUUGAGGAUCAUAACGAUCUUUUUGAUUAAGAGAGGCUUUAGACACUCUCCAACGAUGUGUGUUGUGUGCGUAUCUAUUCUACACACACACAACUCCAACCCCAAUAAAUAGAGAGGAGAAAAAGCCAAGCCUUUCCAUCCCGCGCCUUCAUUUAUUUGUGAGACAUGCAGUUAUCAGAGCCCCAGCGUAAAGUAUUCGGAGCUCGUUUAUGGAGAGCGCGUUUUAAAAAAAUGCAUAUGAUUAAGCGAAUGAAAGUAAGAUCUCCUGCACCACCAUGAAUCCGGAAUAAAAAUAGUGAAGCCAAUGAGUUACUCUGAAUGUCCACAGGAGUAACCGAGAACAGAAUCUGACGCCUAUCUACGCCAAGUGGAAUCCAUCCACGAUAGCCCAGAUGUGAGUACACUCAUGCACCGCAUGUAUCUAGCAAUGAACAACCUCAGCAGCAUACUUGUGUUGCGUAGUUGCCAUAUUUGCAGCUGUCUGGAAUAAAUUACUUGGUCUGUCUAGCCAGUUCCCUUCAGUUUGUCUACAGAUAUUAAUUAAUCACACCUCGCCUAGAUCUUUGAUAAAAGGUCACCAUCCCCUCUCUGUCCAAGAGCACAAACCCGCCUCGAACGAUCACUUACAUCG